UUCCUAGUUCAUUCCCCAUCUCUUAUUAGAAAACAUCUACACGCGUUUUCCUUUUCUCACUGAUCAUGUCUCACUAUUCCCACACACAACACCCCAAACAAAUGCAUUUACCCAUACUCUUACUACUCCAUAUGUGCUGACAAUUUAACUUGAGACCUCUGUUAAAGAUUGUGCCUUUUCUGCUGGGUUUUCAUAGAUUGUGUAUAAGAAACUAGAACAACGCUAUGAGGAUCCUCAAGUCUAUAGAUUGUUCAAAGUGCCCAUUUUUCUGUGGAUUCUUGGUUGUGGAAGCUUAUCCCAAAAGGUAUUCUUCCAAGAUCCCCUCUGAUUUGGUACUUUUCUUGGGCCUCGGCUUCAUAGAUUGGUAAUAUUCAUCUCAUCUUCAACCAACAAUUGUGUUAAUCAUAUAUUUGUAUAUGAAAAGGAGUGUGGUGUGGGGUGUGCUUUUAUUUUCAUAUUUAACAAAGAACAAGAUGCAGGAACAGAUUUUUCCGUGCAUCUUUUCUUUUUUGGAUGUUUCCAAUUGGUAGAAUCGUGGAUUUGAUUUGUGUGCUGCAAUGUCUCCUGCAUAUCAUUGGAGGGUUCAAGGAGAUUCAUGGUUUGGGAUUGGAUAUGGUCUUUUUCAUCUAGCUUAGUCUUGCUUCUUGUAAUCUAGUUUAUGAUCAAGAUCUUGUUUGCUUUUGAGGGUUUGUUGAUUUUCUUUCACUUUUUUCUUCUUGUUAGUCUUUUGGGGGAAUCUGGCUUUAGGGUAUAGUUUCAUGAGAUUGGGUUUUGGGGAAGCUGUGUUUCAAAUGUGCAAUUUAAGGGUUUGGAUGGAGAUGGGUGAUGGUAGUUUGUAGCUGGGACAAAGUAGUUCUAGGGUUGAAUCAUUACUUGAAAUAUUCCCUCAGCAGAAGAGAGGUUCUGCAAUGGGGGAUGCUCUUCUCACAACUCUGUCAAUGGAGAGUCAUCAUCCUUCCACCCUCUUGUCCAUGGAUUCAAGUGCCUUGUCUACUCACGGCGAGUUUGACCUUGAGAUGAGCCGUCAGAUCAUCUUAACCCGCCCACCCGACAUCAAUCUACCUCUUGCUGAGAGAAGCCUGCCUCCGCUGCAUUGGAACCCCGAACAGUGUGACAUUCUUGAUGUUGGACUUGGUAGUCAGAUGUAUGAGACGGAGACUUUCUUGAAUGUUGCCAAAGUAGGGAGGAAGAUUGCUAAAAGGGCAGAUGGCAUCUGGGGUGCGUGGUUCUUCUUCAGUUUUUACUUCAAGCCUGUGCUGAACGAGAAAUCAAAGGCCAAAGUAGUACUCGAUGGUAAUGGUAUUUCUGGAUUCGAGAAAUCUGAUCUACAGCUCGAUACUUUCAUGGUUCAGCAUGAUAUGGAGAAUAUGUACAUGUGGGUUUUCAAGGAAAGGCCCGAGAAUGCUCUAGGUAAAAUGCAGCUCCGGAGUUACAUGAAUGGCCAUUCUCGCCAAGGAGAGCGCCCCUUUCCAUUUUGCGUUGAUAGAGGAUUUGUCCGCUCUCAUAGAAUGCAGCGGAAACACUAUAGGGGGCUCUCAAAUCCACAGUGUGUCCAUGGUGUUGAGGUUGUCCCAUCCCCCACGCUCAAGAUUCUUGAUGAAAAUGAUCGGAAGAGAUGGAAAGAAUUAACUGGAAGGGAACUGAACUUCACCAUUCCCCUCGAGGCCAGUGACUAUGGUACGUGGAGAAACCUCCCAAACACUGAAUUCGAACUUGAAAGAACGCUUGCUCCAGUCAAGGCCAAUCCACACUCUCAGUCGAAGAAGAUGCUAAAUGGCUCUGUUCUAAACCUAUCCGCUCAGCUGGCUAGCCACGUCAAUGGGGAUACUGUGGAUGCCUCACCUGUCUGUAACAAAAGAAAGAGGGAUUUCUUCCCACACACGAACAAUGAUGACUGUUAUGUUGCAGUGAACUCUCCCAGUAAAAUUCCUGACUUGGAAGUUCACCCUAAUGAGCCGCAGUGGUUGAAUAGAUUUAGUGGGGUGCUGAGGAAUGUUUAUGGCCCCGUCACGGCUGCCAAGACGACAUACGAGGACGAAGGAGGCUAUCUUAUUUUAAUCAGCUUGCCAUUUGUAGAUCUCCAGAGGGUGAAAGUUUCUUGGAGGAACACUCUCACUCAUGGGAUCAUCAAGGUGUCUUGUACAAGUACAUCUCGUACUCCAUUUAUUACGAGACACAACAGGACCUUCAAGCUUACAGAUAUUUCCUCGGAGCACUGCCCACCAGGUGAAUUUGUUCGAGAGAUUCCACUCUCCACCCGUAUUCCUGAAGAUGCUAAGAUAGAAGCAUAUUACGAUGGACCAGGUACAGUGCUCGAGAUACUGGUGCCUAAACUCCGAGAGGGGCCAGAGGAACACGAAGUUCAUGUAUGUCUCCGACCUCUCCAUGACUAUUGUAAUGUAUGAAACAUAAAAAUCUUUCUGAGUUGUGUUUGCAGCCUCAUUGGUCACAUCUUCUCAAAGGCAACACCUGCUCUUGUCUUGUAAGUUGUAUUUGUACUAUUAGAGAUUUGCGCUUUUCAUUGGGUCUUGUUAUCUAAUUAUCUCUACUUGAAUAAUACUGUAAUUUCUUAGUUUCAA